AUGGAUCGAUUCUAUGAGGGAGUGGUGGAAAGCUCGGACAUCCUCAGCACCGUCGGUUAUGACAGCAUCAUCCAGCACCUCAACAAUGGCCGCAAGAACUGCAAAGAAUUUGAAGACUUUUUAAAAGAAAGGGCAUCAAUAGAAGAGAGAUAUGGCAAAGAUCUGCUCAGCCUCUCUAGGAAGAAGCCAUGUGGACAGUCUGAGAUCAACACUCUGAAGCGGGCCCUUGAAGUCUUCAAGCAGCAAGUAGACAAUGUGGCACAGUGUCACAUUCAGCUUGCACAGACUCUAAGAGAAGAGGCCAGGAAAAUGGAAGAAUUCAGGGAAAAGCAAAAGCUACAGCGGAAAAAGACAGAAGUUAUAAUGGAUGCGAUCCAUAAACAAAGGAAUUUACAAUUCAAGAAAACUAUGGAUGCCAAGAAAAACUACGAGCAGAAAUGCCGGGACAAGGAUGAGGCGGAGCAGGCCGUCCACAGGAGUGCCAACCAAGUGAAUCAAAAGCAACAGGAAAAGCUUUUUGUGAAAUUGGCCACGUCAAAGACGGCAGUGGAGGAUUCUGAUAAAGCCUACAUGACGCAUGUCAGCACGCUGGACAAGGUCCGAGAAGAGUGGCAGAGCGAGCACAUCAAAGCUUGUGAGGUGUUUGAGGCUCAAGAAUGUGAACGGAUAAACUUCUUCCGGAAUGCCCUGUGGUUACAUCUGAAUCAGCUGUCACAACAAUGUGUCACAAGCGAUGACAUGUAUGAGACGGUCCGUAAGACCCUGGAAAUGUGCAGCAUUGAGAAAGACAUUGAGUACUUUGUGAAUCAGCGAAAAACUGGGCAGAGUCCACCAGCACCAAUCAUGUAUGAGAACUUCUACUGCCCCCAGAAGAAUGCAGCCCCCCCAGGAAAGACUUCAGGACCUAACCCAGCAAGGAGAGGACCACUCCCGAUUCCUAGAAGUUUACCAGAUGACCCUGAUUACUCUUUGAUUGACAACUACAGUUUGCUUUACCAGUAG